CGAUAUUUGUAUUAAAUGGAGCAGUAUUUGAUUUUUAAAAAUAAAAGAAAAUUUUUUUGUUAGAUAAAUUUGUAUUUUCGUAUUGAGAUAUAUUUAGAGUUAGCAUUAGAGAAGUGGAAGUGGAGGUGAGGAUGGAUAGAGCAACACCUGUACGUAGCUCCCAUACCUCUACUGCCGAUCUGCUCACCUGGUCGGAGAUUCCGCCGUCCUCCAAUUCUUCUGCUGUCUCUGUCUCCGCCUCCGCCAGUGCUUCUCGUUCUCAUCAGCCUUCUGAUGGAAUCAGUAAGGCCGUGUUUGGUGGUCAGAUCACUGAUGAAGAAGCUGAUAGCUUGAACAAACGCAAACCUUGUUCAGGGUAUAAACUGAGGGAGAUCAGUGGCAGCAAUAUAUUUUCUGAUCAUGAUGAAGAUGGUACAUCAGAAUCCGGAACUGAUGAUGGUAAUUUUACUAACAGGACAUCAGUGCGCAUUGUUCAGCAAGCUGCAAACGGAAAAAGCCAAAUUUCAUUCAGUACUGAAGAAAACAUUUCCCCAAAGAAGCCUACCAGUCUGACUGAGUUGGCAAAGCAACGUGAGUUGAGUGGAAAUUUAGAAAGUGAGUUAGAUAGCAAAGUCAAGAAGCACCUAUCAGAUGCAAAGACCAAGGAGCUUAGUGGAAAUGAUAUCUUUGGCCCUCCUGAAGAAGUUCCUCCUAGAUCCCUGGCUGCUGCACGUUCCUUGGAGUCAAAAGAAAGCAAAGACAUGGGUGAACCUGCUCCACGAAUUCUACGCACAUCUGUUAGGGUUUCUAAUCCUGCUGGUGGUCAAAGCAGUAUCUUGUUUGGUGAUGAACCUGUUGUUAAGACAACAAAGAAAAUACAUAACCAGAAGUUUGCAGAAUUGACAGGCAAUGACAUUUUCAAGGGAGAUAUUCCUCCUGGAUCAGCGGAGAAGACACUGAGCAGUGCUAAGCUGAAAGAAAUGAGUGGCAAUGAUAUAUUUUCUGAUGGAAAAAUUGAAUCCAGGGAUCACUUUGGCGGUGUGCACAAACCACCUGGUGGAGAAAGUACUGUCAGAUUAGUGUAAUGCCAUCAAAUGACUCUUAUGUUGACCUGUAGUGCCCACAUUGCAGUUGCUUUUUGACUAGUUAGGAUGUCAUGGAAUUUAGGAUUUGAGGAUUGUAAAAUUUGAUGUGUCAAUACUCUAAUCUGCGACAAAAUGCAGAGUAGUUUCUUUACUGAACUGUUGUAAGAGCUUAUAGAUUAGCAAUAAAACAUUCGAUUUGCCUCAGUUGGGUUGAUCGAUC